UGUAAAGCUCCCCAAAGACAAAUUUUUAACAUAAAUGAUAUGAAAAAAUGGAUUAAUUCUAGUGCCUAUAAAGAAUAUGUACAAUUUAUCGAAGCUUUGAAUGAUGGCGUUAAAUCUAAAUCAUCAACUGAUCUACAUUACACAUCCAAUGAAGCAAAAAAAAUUGUUGAUAUAUUGGAAAUAAUUGAAAGAUUUAUUGAUAAUAUACCACCUAUUGACCAGCCUCAAAGAUUUGGAAAUAAAGCUUUUAAAACAUUUUAUCAAAAAUUGUGUCAGGAGAGUAAAGAUAUAUUAAAAUCAAGUUUAAAUGGGGAUCAACAUGCAGCAAUAAUUGAAAUUGCACCAUACCUUAAUGAAAGUUUUGGAAAUGAAAUUAGGAUUGAUUAUGGAACUGGCCACGAGCUAUCAUUUAUUAUGUUCAUGUAUUGUCUAUUCAAGAUAAAUGCCCUCUUACCGGUUGACAUGGAAGCCGCCGUUCUUGAUAUAUUUAACAAGUACUUAAUCAUUGUUCGAAAAUUGCAAACAGUUUACAAAAUGGAACCUGCCGGAAGUCACGGGGUCUGGAGUUUGGAUGAUUACCAAUUUAUGCCAUUUUACUGGGGGAGUUCUCAACUUAUUGAUAAUGAAAAGAUUCCACCUUCUUCUUUUCCGGAAUCUGAUAUAGCCCAUCGUUAUGCCAAGGAUUACAUGUUUUUAUCAUCAAUAGACUUUAUCAUUCAAUUUAAAAAGGGACCCUUCUCAGAGCAUUCAAAUAAAUUAUGGAAUAUAAGUGGAGUGCAAGAUUGGAGAAAAAUUAAUUCGGGAUUGCUGAAAAUGUACAAAGCUGAGGUAUUGAACAAAUUUCCAGUCGCACAACAUAUUUUAUUUGGAACUAUUUUAUCUAUUGCUCCUGCUUAAUUCCCGGGAAUAAUUAAUAAUUAUAAUAUCACAAUCAAUUAUAUCAAAUCAUUCGUGAAUUAAUUUUAAUUAAUAUCGUAAAUAUGUCAAUGUUA